CACGGACCCAGACACAGGGGGACAUCUGCUCGGGCUGACGCACAACGUGUCCCAACUACGUAUUUUUUUGUUUUGUUGUUGUUGCCUGUUUGGGAUUCCUUCUUGGAUGGCCUGUAACAAAGAUUGUAUCUGUACUGGGUUGAGUCUAUCAAAUAAACAAGAACAACGUGGGGCUAAGUGAGAAAACAGCGUAUAAAUACGCAUGUAUAUAUUUUUUACGGCUCAUACUAGUGCACCCACUUCGCAAACACACCACUGCAGCAAGCAGGCGAAACUCAGGUGGUGGGGCAAUGUUUACACUGACAUCCUCUUGACCAGUCCAACAGUUACCCAGGCCCCCCUCCCUUUGCCCCUCCCAUUCCCCACCUCUACCCCCUUCCACAACCUUUCCACCCUUCACUAUGAAUGAGGCCAGCGUAGUCAGGGAAGGAUGGCUCCACAAGAGAGGUGAGUACAUCAAGACUUGGAGGCCGCGCUACUUCAUCCUGAAGAGUGACGGCUCCUUCAUCGGCUACAAAGAGAAGCCUGAGCUGUCCGACCAGAGCUUGCCCCCUCUCAACAAUUUCUCAGUGGGAGAAUGCCAGCUGAUGAAAACGGAGCGGCCCAAGCCGAACACCUUCGUUAUCCGCUGCCUGCAGUGGACCACUGUCAUCGAGAGGACCUUCCACGUAGAAAGCAAUGCAGAGAGAGAGGGGUGGAUGCGUGCCAUCCAGGCGGUGGCCAAUGGGUUGAAGGUACGAGAGGAGGAGGAGCCCAUGGACCUGUUUGGUUCUCCCAGCGACAGCAGCAGCAUUGAGGAGAUGGAGGUGGCCAUGUCCAAGACCAACUCUAAAGUGACGAUGAGUGACUUUGACUACCUGAAGCUGCUGGGGAAGGGCACGUUUGGCAAGGUGAUCCUGGUCAAGGAGAAAGCCACGGGGAUGCACUACGCCAUGAAGAUCCUGCGCAAGGAGGUCAUCAUCGCUAAGGAUGAGGUAGCGCACACGGUUACGGAGAGCAGAGUGUUACAGAACACCCGGCAUCCCUUCCUCACGACACUGAAAUACGCUUUCCAGACUCAUGACCGAUUAUGUUUUGUGAUGGAAUACGCCAACGGAGGAGAGCUCUUCUUCCACCUGUCUCGGGAUCGUGUGUUCACGGAAGACCGGGCCCGUUUCUAUGGCGCUGAGAUCGUAUCUGCGUUGGAGUACCUCCACUCUCGUGACGUGGUAUACAGGGACCUGAAGCUGGAGAAUCUAAUGCUGGACAAUGACGGACAUGUUAAAAUCACAGACUUUGGGCUGUGUAAGGAGGGCAUCUCGGACGGUGCCACCAUGAAGACCUUCUGCGGUACCCCGGAGUACCUGGCGCCGGAGGUGCUGGAGGACAAUGACUACGGCCGGGCGGUGGACUGGUGGGGCCUGGGCGUGGUCAUGUACGAGAUGAUGUGCGGUCGGCUGCCCUUCUACAAUCAAGACCACGAGCGGCUUUUUGAGCUCAUCCUCAUGGAGGAGAUCCGAUUCCCCAAGAACCUGGCCCCAGAGGGCAGGGCCCUGCUCAGCGGCCUGCUCAAAAAGGAUCCCAAGCAAAGGUUAGGGGGAGGACCGGAUGAUGCCAAAGAAGUGAUGUCCCACAAGUUCUUCACCUCCAUCAACUGGCAGGACGUGGUAGAUAGAAAGCUGACUCCGCCCUUCAAGCCUCAGGUGACGUCAGAGACUGAUACACGUUACUUCGACGACGAGUUCACGGCACAGACCAUCACCGUCACGCCUCCAGACAAGUAUACCAACCUGGACUGUGGCAUCCCCAACCAGCCAGCACACUUCCCCCAGUUCUCUUACUCUGCCAGCAUACGAGAGUGACCCCGUCUUUACCAUACACACUGAAGAUAUGCAUAGCCGCAUCAGUUCACACUCUCAUCCACACACACACACACACACACACUUUCUUGUAAAAAAAAGACUGCAAGCUUGAGACUCCACAGGCCAAUGGAUCUCUGGUCACAGCGGGGAUUUAAGUGCCUAGUCUUGCAGCCAUCUUGUCUGCUCAAACCCCGUCUACACUACAGUCACGCACAACAGCAGGCUGUGAACUGCACAAGACCUCAGUCAAUACCUCAUGUCGUCAACAUCAGCAGCAGUAGCAUAUCAUCCAGGACACUACUGCUCCUCACUGGAAGGUCUAGUACAGGGCUGCCCAUCCCUCUUCCUGGAGAUCUACCGUCCUGUGGGUUUUCAGUUCAACCCUCUUCCUGGAGAGCUACCAUCCUGUGGGUUUUCAGUUCAACCCUCUUCCUGGAGAUCUUACCGUCCUGUGGGUUUUCAGUUCAACCCUCUUCCUUGAGAUCUACCGUCCUGUGGGUUUUCAGUCCAACCCUCUUCCUGGAGAUCUACCAUCCUGUGGGUUUUCAGUUCAACCCUAAUUUAAAACACCUGAUUCUACUAAUUAGCUGCUCAACAAGACCUUAACUAGCUGAAUCAGAACGGCUAAAUUAGGGUUGGACUGAACCUGCAGGACAGUAGAUCUCCAGGAAGAGGGUUGGGCAGCCCUGGUCUAGUACCUAUAGGUGAUCCUAUAGAACACUACUGCUCCUCACAGGGAGGACUAGGACCUAUAGGUGAUCCUAUAGGACACUACUGCUCCUCACAGGGAGGACUAGGACCUAUAGGGGGUCCUAUAGGACACUACUCCUCACAGGGAGAACUAGGACCUAUAGGGGGUCCUAUAGGACACUACUGCUCCUCACAGGGAGGACUAGGACCUAUAGGUGGUCCUAUAGGACACUACUGCUCCUCACAGGGAGGACUAGGACCUAUAGGUGGUCCUAUAGGACACUACUGCUCACAGGGAGGACUAGGACCUAUAGGUGGUCCUAUAGGACACUACUGCUCCUCACAGGGAGGACUAGGACCUAUAGGUGGUCCUAUAGGACACUACUGCUCUUCACAGGGAGAACUAGGACCUAUAGGUGGUCCUAUAGGACACUACUGGUCCUCACAGGGAGGACUAGGACCUAUAGGUGAUCCUGUGGGACACUACUUCUCCUCACAGGGAGGACUAGGACCUAUAGGUGGUCCUAUGGGACACUACUGCUCCUCACAGGGAGGACUAGGACCUAUAGGUGGUCCUAUAGGACACUACUGCUCCUCACAGGGAGGACUAGGACCUAUAGGUGGUCCUAUGGGACACUACUUCUCCUCACAGGGAGGACUAGGACCUAUAGGUGGUCCUAUAGGACACUACUGCUCCUCACAGGGAGGACUAGGACCUAUAGGUGGUCCUAUAGGACACUACUGCUCCUCACAGGGAGGACUAGGACCUAUAGGUGGUCCUAUAGGACACUACUGCUCCUCACAGGGAGGACUAGGACCUAUAGGUGGUCCUAUGGGACACUACUUCUCCUCACAGGGAGGACUAGGACCUAUAGGUGGUCCUAUAGGACACUACUGCUUCUCACAGGGAGGACUAGGACCUAUAGGUGGUCCUAUGGGACACUACUUCUCCUCACAGGGAGGACUAGGACCUAUAGGUGGUCCUAUAGGACACUACUGCUCCUCACAGGGAGGACUAGGACCUAUAGGUGGUCCUAUGGGACACUACUUCUCCUCUGAUUUGGAUGGAAUUGAGACACUGAUCUCUUACACUCAGUUUUCUUUCUUUCUUGUUCUCGCUCUCUCAUUUUCGUUCUGUGUCUGUCGCUCCCUCUUUUCCCCUCUCUGUACCCCCUCUCACGCUAACCCACUCACUCACACUGCUGGGUAGAAGAAAAAAAACACUGAAGUGAUUCUUGUUUUCACAAAUGAGAAAGAAAAGUUUUCUCUCACUCUCUCAUUGUUACAGUUUAUAAGGAGUCAUAUUUAUGUGAUUUAUCCAAGUGCUCUUUUCUGUAACUAGCUGUUACCAAUAGUGUUGAAGUGGUCCUACUGGAGGGGGGCAGGGCGGUCGUGGUAAACUAUGAAGCUGUUUCUCUGUCAAUGUGUUUGUGUGCUUGGAGAAAAGGUGGGACAACCAAAACUGAAUGUCUGCAUUUUGUGUUUGUAUGUGUGCGUAUGUCAGUGAAGUCGUGUGAGUGCUCAAAUGUAAGCGACCUUGACGUGCAUUGGUAUCAGUAGAAUAAUUGGCGACAUCACACAACAGAGUUUUUCCGACUCGGGGCUCAAAAACCUACUCUGUAUUUCCAAAUAGCGAUGCAGGAGGGAGUACUACUUUAACUGUAAAAUUCUGUGAAAUUAAUUAGUAUUGCGCUUUUUAUGACUGGGAUCGUUGUGAACAGAACACAAAGUUGCUACAGAGAAAAUGUAUGAAUGAAUUACAGUACAGGGUGUGUAGGUACGGAUUUGUAAACCCUGUUUUUAGUUCAGGACUUGUCUCAACACAUCUGGUCUUUGAUCGAGACGCACCAGGCAUGUGAUUUACAACGGUCGACUAGCACUUAGUUACUUAAGCAGACCUCUUUUUACUCGAAUUAUGAGAUUUGUAUGUUUUAUUCUUGUUAUUUUGUUGCUUCGUUUCCUUUUUCAAAUGUCAUAAACGUCUGCUAUACUAUCAAAAAUGUCCGCACAGGUGGUGUUGAGUGGAUCAGUGACGGGGCUCCGUUCUGGCCACAACAUCAGGUGUGUGUUGAAUGUAGUGAUCAUGCCUGCUCCUCUUCGUAUGCUGUCUGACUGCUGACAGUCACUGGUCAACGAGAUCCAGGUUUUGCUCUGUCCUGAUAGUCAUGUGAGCCUUGUGUCCAUUGUGUGCCGUUUGGAAAUUGUUUCUGAGACUAUUAUUGUUUUUUUUGUUUUUGUCUAGUUCUGUUGUUUUCCACCUCACUGUUUCCCUGACCCCUUUUGAAGACAUAGCUACUCAUUCAACAUUCAUAAAUGUUUAAUUCAAUGAAAUAUUAUUUCAAUUUAAA